AACAAACCCUCCAAGGUCAAAAUGAAUACAGAUAGCGGUGGGUGUGUUCGCAAACGUGCUGCCAUGUCUGUCACAUUAACAUCUGUGAAGAGAGUUCAAAGUUCUCCAAACCUAUUGGCUGCAGGGCGUGAUUCUCAGUCACCAGACUCAGCUUGGCGAUCUUACAAUGACCCAAAUCCAGAGACACUGAACGGAGAUGCUCCAUAUUCCUCUCUUGCAGCAAAAGGCUUUAGAAGUGUUCGACCAAAUUUGCAAGAAAAGAGAUCAGCAACCCAGAGCCAGGUCACAGUGAAUGGGAACUCCGGAGGCGCUGUGAGUCCAAUGAGUUACUAUCAGAGGCCGUUUUCCCCUUCAGCCUACUCUCUGCCUGGCUCACUCAAUUCCAGCAUCAUCAUGCCGCAUGGCCGGUCACUUGACUCCACAGAGGCGUACGCGCAGCAUGCGCAGUCCCUGGACGGGACCUUGGGCAGCUCCAUCCCGCUCUACAGAUCCUCAGAGGAAGAGAAGAGGGUGACCGUCAUCAAAGCCCCGCACUACCCGGGGAUCGGGCCCGUGGACGAGUCCGGCAUCCCCACGGCCAUCAGAACGACGGUCGACAGACCGAAGGACUGGUACAAGACGAUGUUCAAGCAAAUUCACAUGGUGCACAAGCCGGAUGAUGACACAGACAUGUAUAAUACUCCUUACACAUAUAACGCAGGCCUACACAACUCGCCCUACAGUGCUCAGUCACAUCCUGCUGCAAAGACCCAGACCUACAGACCCCUCUCCAAAAGCCACUCGGACAAUGGCACAGAUGUCUUCAAGGAGGCCUCCUCCCCUGCCCCUCGGCCAUGUGUUCCUCCUCCAGUCCCACCGCUUCGACCAAGAGAUUGGGCUUCAACAGAAAAGCAUGACUGGGAUCCUCCAGACAGAAAAGUCGACACAAGAAAAUUUCGUUCUGAGCCCAGGAGUAUUUUUGAAUAUGAACCUGGGAAGUCGUCAAUUCUGCAGCAUGAAAGACCAGCCUCCUUGUAUCAACCCAACAUCGACAGAAGCCUGGAGAGACCCACUAGUUCUGCAAGCCUGGCCAGUGACUUCAGGAAAAGGAGGAAGAGCGAGCCGGCCGUGGGGCAGCCCCGGGGCCUGGGGGACCCCAGGGCCAGCAGGACCAGCCCAGGCCGGGCGGACCUCCCGGGAUCAAGCGCCACCCUGACGAAGUCUUUCAUUAGUUCUUCCCCCUCCUCCCCGUCCAGAGCAAAAGGUGGGGAUGACAGCAGAGUGUGUCCACCCCUUUGCAGUUGCUCAGGGCCCCACGGUAGCCCCUGCAAUGAGGUAGAUUACUGUAACACUUACAGACAGCACCUGGACGUCCCGCGCGACUCGCAGAGGGCCAUGGCUUUCAAAAACGGCUGGCAGAUGGCCCGGCAAAACGCAGAGGUCUGGAGCAGCACCGAAGAAACAGUGUCCCCCAAAAUCAAAUCCCGGAGCUGUGACGAUCUCCUCAACGAUGACUGCGACAGCUUCCCUGACCCGCAGACCAAGUCGGAAAGCAUGGGCUCUCUGCUGUGCGAAGAGGACCCCAAGGACAGCGGCCCCAGCCCCUGGGCCUCCCCCUACGUCCCGGAGGGUCGCAGUAACGGCAGGUCACGGCUCCGCCACAGGCCGGCCCACAGCGCCCCCGGGUUCCUAAAACUGUACAAGAAGAUGCACCGCAUUAACCGGAAGGACCUGAUGAACUCGGAGGUGAUCUGCUCGGUGAAGUCGAGAAUAAUGCAGUAUGAAAACGAGCCGCCCAGCAGGGGCCUGCUCCACGGGUGGAGCCAGUCCUCAGCCGAGGAGGUGCCCAGGGACAUGGUCCCCACCCGCAUCUCUGAAUUUGAAAAGUUGAUUCAGAAGUCAAAGUCCAUGCCAAAUUUAGGGGACGAAAUGCUGUCUCCUGUCAUCCUAGAACCACAGCAAAAUGGGUUAUGUCCCAAGAGGCGCUUUUCCAUCGAGUCUCUGCUGGAGGAAGAAAACCCGAGCAGACACCCUUGUCAGAUGCCACGAACCUACCAGCCCAAAGCUCUGGUGCCCAUCCAGAUCGAGGUCACCAGUGACGAGCAACCGAGGACUCAGGCGGAGCUUUCCGACAGCGACCAAGACGGAGUGGUGUCCGACCACAGUGACUACAUUCACGUCGAAGGAUCGUCCUUCUGCAGUGAGAGCGACUUCGAUCACUUUUCCUUCACAUCCUCUGAAAGUUUUUAUGGGUCCAGCCACCACCACCACCACCAUCACCACCUCCAUCAUCGGCACCUCAUCAGCUCCUGCAAAGGCAGGUGUCCUGCCUCUUACACUCGGUUCACCACGAUGCUAAAACACGAGAGAGCUAAGCAUGAAAAUACCGAAGAGCCCAGAAGACAAGACAUGGACCCGGGCCUUUCAAAACUUGCAUUUCUAGUCAGUCCUGUGCCUUUCCGGAGGAAAAAACAUUCGACUCCCAAAAAACAGACUGAAAAGGCAAAAUGUAAAGCGUCUGUAUUUGAGGCUCUGGACUCUGCCCUUAAAGACAUUUGUGACCAGAUUAAAGCUGAAAAGAGAAGGGGGAGUUUGCCAGACAACAGUAUACUGCACCGUCUCAUCAGUGAGCUGAUGCCAGAUGUCCCCGAAAGGAAUUCAUCCCUUACAGCUCUGAGCAGGAGCCCCACGCACCAGCCUUCCCACCCACUGCCUCGAGAUGGUGCUGCGCACUGUCCGUUGUACCAGAACGAUUGUGGGAGAAUACCUCACAGUGCCUCUUUCCAAGACAUGGACACCAACAACAACAGCUACCACCACCAAGACCACGAGAGUGCACUGAGUCUCCAAGACCGUGAGUCCCCUCGAAGUUACUCGUCCACUUUCACUGACUUGGGAAGAAGCUCACCAAGGGAAAGAAGAGGAACUCCAGAUAAAGAGAAAUUGCCUGCAAAAGCUGUUUAUGAUUUUAAGGCUCAGACAUCUAAGGAGCUGUCAUUUAAGAAAGGAGAUACAGUCUACAUCCUCAGGAAAAUUGAUCAGAACUGGUAUGAAGGAGAGCUCCAGGGGAGAGUGGGCAUUUUUCCGAUCUCCUACGUGGAGAAACUCACACCUCCUGAAAAAGCACAGCCCGCCAGACCACCUCCCCCCGCGCAGCCUGGAGAAAUCGGAGAAGCUGUAGCCAAGUACAACUUCAAUGCGGACACGAAAGUAGAGCUGUCGCUGAGAAAGGGAGAUAGAGUUAUUCUUCUCAAAAGAGUUGAUCAAAACUGGUACGAAGGUAAAAUUCCAGGAACCAACAGACAAGGCAUCUUCCCUGUUUCCUAUGUAGAAGUCGUCAAGAGGAACCCAGCCAAAGGUGCCAAGGAUUACCCCGACCCUCCAAUACCCCACAGCUAUUCAAGCGAUAGAAUCCACAGCUUAAGUUCAAAUAAGCCACAGCGUCCUGUGUUUACUCAUGAAAACAUUCAAGGUGGGGGGGAACCAUUUCAGGCUCUGUAUAACUAUACCCCUAGGAAUGAAGAUGAGCUGGAGCUCAGAGAAGGUGACAUCAUCGAUGUGAUGGAAAAAUGUGAUGACGGAUGGUUUGUGGGAACCUCAAGAAGAACCAAAUUCUUUGGUACUUUCCCGGGAAACUAUGUCAAGAGGCUGUGAACCGCCCUCCCCCAUUGAUGCUGCAUUUCAGCACAUCUGCCGUCACCUGCCUGAAAGGUGCCACCCGCCGCAGGCCUCCCGCUGUCAUGCCUUAUGGUUUCCAGUAGAAGUCACCCCACCACCAGCUCCACCCGCCACCGAACCAGCAGCAAAGUAACUGCCAGGGCCCCAGGGAGGUUGGCAGGCUUGUUCCACGGUGACAGUGCACAUUCCUGCUUCUGCUCUGAACUGCAAAGUCUGUGUGUUGGGAUCAGAAAGAAAACCGCUCUCCUCUAGAAAGGCUUAACUACUUGAGGCAAAAAAUGCAAGUGUCUCAAGGAGGCUCCCCGGUCCACUUUGGAAGAUGCCUCUCCCCUCAGGCAACCAGAAGAUGGUUGAUCACUAAUGAACCGUGGUGUGCAUUUCCACACUCUUAGCUUGGCAGUGUAUUUUCCUUUCACAAGUUUGCCUAGUGUCCUCGUUUACACAAUAUGACAACUGUACUUCAGCUAUCGUUUGCCUGCACUUAUAUGUUGUAAUAUGCACAGUGAUCACAAAACCCACAGCAGGAGCGGGGAAGUUCAUUCGGAUGAGUGUGAUUUUUGUUCAUUGAAUGUGAGUUUUCAAAUAGCAGCCUUUUCCUGCAAUUCUUUUGUACUUUUUAGAAGUGCAAACAGUAAGUGAAUAAGAGCUUUUGGUAAUAAUCAUGAGACUAUAAGCAGUUUAGCUAGACUACAAAUAAAAAAAAAUAUUGUGUUGUAAAGUUGCAUUGCUAUUUUAUAUUAAAAUGUAAUAAUCAGCAUCAUAAACAAGGAGCUCUUAGUGUUUUAUUUAUCUGAUAAAAUUUAAAUAAAAGCAGUGUUAGUGAGAGGUGCAAAAAGUUAUUCUAACAUAGACACUUGAAAGUAUCCGUAAGCAAUAUUCAUAGUUAAGAUUUCACUGUGUGUGCACAUAUACAUUUGCGAUUGUAUGAGAACAGGCAAUCCAUAUGAUAUGCUGUACGUUUUAUGGAAAUGUAAAAGAAGCCCACACAUUAUUUUAUAGAAAAAGAGUACUUUAGAAGCAUCACAGGUAUUAAGGCUGGUUUUAGCAAGGAUUAGGAUCAGUACAAUUAUUUUUACUAUGAUAACUAUUUUUCUUCUAUGGAACUCAGAAUCCUGGCUACAUUUGAGGACAGGAGUAUGUUGAGCCUGAUUUUCCUGGUGUGUGUAAAAUAUUUCCUCGAAAUACAUUAGGCACUUUUUAGAAGCAAUGUUAAAUCACUCAGGUUCAAUUUUCUGCCCUGAAGUAGAAAUUUACAAAAUGAUAUUGGGACCUGAAAGAUUUAAUGUGGUUCAGUGCCAGAAUCACACACCCCUGAGAAUUAGCUUUGUAUUUCUUAUGACUUUGCCUAAGAACUAUUCAUAUUUGGAUCUUGAGCACCUUAUAGAUAAAACUUUUUAUGGCAUUUCUUCUGUGGACAGUGAUUGAUCUUUUCACGAUGUACGUAGACUCUAGAAUUUUGUACAGAUGUUUGCUCUUUUUUUUUUUGUACAGACUAUUUAGCUGUUGAGAAAACAAGGGAAUUUCCUAACUUGGUCUUUAUCCUUCACUGAAACUAAGCUGAAGAUUAUUCUUUACAUAUCCCACAGAUCAUAAGCACGCCUUGAUAGUGUGAUUCUGUAAGAUAGCAUCCGUGCAAAAGUUUAUGAGCUUAAAAGAUCUAAGCAAUCAAAUGGAAACGUACGUAAAUACCGAGCACAGAGGAAUGUCAAUAGGAAGAAAGUAAAGAGACAUCUGUGAGCAGCCUGGCUUGGUUGCUGUCAAGUUCACUACCAGCUUUAUACUUUAAAGGCUUUGGGUUUAAAAUGAGGUCACCUGCAUGCAGCUUUGCUGAUAAAUGAAAUUAUCUCCCAUGCCAUUUAUGGGGAAAAACUUCAAUAUCUGUUGCCUGUCAUAUUUAAGAAAAAAUACUGUUUCUACUCCCUGUAUCUGCUUUUAAAAGAAAAAAAUAUUCAUACCUGGCUUGCAGGUAAUUGACUUUGAAUUCUUACAA